AUGAAGCUAGGAGUUACCACUAUCGUGCCUCUCUUGAUGGGGACCGCCGCCCUGGCGGCAGAUGCAGCCUCCAAGCCAAAUUUCAUCAUCAUUCUCACUGAUGAUCAAGACCUUCGUAUGGGAUCCAUGGAUCACUUGCCAAAGGUGAAGAAGUAUUUGACCGACGAGGGCAUGUUUUUCAACCAUCAUUAUGCUACGGUGGCUUUGUGCUGCCCAUCGAGAGCGAGCAUGUGGACCGGAAAGGCAGCACACAACACAAAGAUCACAGAUCUAAAACCACCCUACGGUGGAUAUCCCAAGUUCAUCUUGGAGGGAUACAACAAGAAGUGGUUGCCAAUCUGGAUUCGGGAAGCUGGUUACAAAACUUACUUUACCGGUAAACUGAUGAAUCAGCAUAAUAUCGACAACUACAAAGACGGGCUGGGUGAUAUGGGAUUGGAUGGGCAUGACUUUAUGAUUGAGCCAGGCACUUAUCAAUACGUGAACACCACCAUCCAACACAACAUGGACAAGCCUGUCUCACACCCUGGACAAUAUGCAACCGAUCUACUCGCAGAUCUGUCCAUUUCCUGGAUCGAUGAUGCUGCUGAGAAAAAGUCGCCCUUUUUCCUUGCCAUCAACCCGGUCAAUCCCCACGGUAAUUACGACUGGAACAAUGGAAAACCGAGGUGGACUGCGCCUGUACCGGCAGACCGCCACAAAGAUGAUUUCCCAGGCGCAAUAGUCCCGCGUGAUACCAAAAACUACAAUCCUGACAGCCCGAGUGGUGCCAGCUGGGUUCACGGACUGGAUAAGCUGGAUGACUCCACAAUCAAGGAUAAUGACAACCAUUAUCGUCGUCGGCUUCAGGCUCUUCAGGCUGUUGAUGAUUUGGUUGAGAAGACUAUUCAGCGACUGGAGUAUCAUAAUAUGCUCGACAACACUUAUAUCAUUUACACAUCGGACAAUGGCUUCCAUAUCAGCCAGCACCGGUUGACUCCCGGAAAGCGAUGUCCGUAUGAAGAAGAUGUCAAUGUUCCUCUCGUUAUUCGAGGCCCCAAGGUACCAAAAGGGAAGACUGUCGACUUUGUCACCUCUCAUCUGGAUAUUGCCCCUACGGUUGUCAACUGGGCUGGUGCAAAGGGACCUGGAGAUUUCGACGGCGCGGUAAUCCCUGCAGACGGUACACCUGGAUCUCAGGAGCCUUGGGAACAUGUACAGGUUGAGCACUGGGGACUUGUAUCGGACAAAGACAAUGUUCCUAAGGAUCUAAUUGGAAAGGUAAACACGUACAAAGCUAUUCGGGUGAUUGGGCCGAAAUACAACCUGUAUUACGCGGUCUGGUGUGACGGAGACCAUGAGGUCUACAAUAUGGCGACCGACCCAUACCAAAUGAACAAUCUGUACAAUUCAUCUCAAACCGUCCUCGGUGCUUUAAUGAAGAAGCUCGAGGACAGGUUAGAUGCGCUGACCCUCGUUCUGAAAUCGUGCGCUGGUGAUUCGUGCCGCCAGCCUUGGGAGCAACUACACAAAGACGGUAAAGUGAAAACAUUGGUUGACGCUCUCAAACCAGAGUUCGACGACUUUUACAAGAAUCAGAAUAAGGUCAAGUUCGCUCAGUGCGCAAAGUCGUACUUUGUGCAGAAUGAGCUGCCGAUUAAGUAUCAUACCUAUAGGAAGGACGGUUCGAUUCAGGAUCGGGAUGUGGAUUGGUGGAUGCAUGCGGGUUGA